ACCUUCGGGCCCUGGAGACUCAACGCCGCCCGGACCCACAUCAUGAAAUCGGCCCAGGCCGAGAGGUAUUCAGGACUCUUGUGGACUCCUCAACUCAGGUUUUCUUACAAAUGGACCACUCGCCUGUUCACAUGUGGCAACAAUUUCUGUUUCUAUAAAGCGGUGGGGGAAACUGCUUCCUUCAGACCUGACUAACGUUCGGGUUUCAAACAAACUUUAAAGUAAAUAUAAAUAUUUCAGAUACUAAAAGUAAAGUCUGAGCUUGUUUAGCAGCAACCGUCUUUGAUAGUUUGAUAUCUCUGGAUCUCAAAUACUAUGGUAAAUUAAAUCUUCAGACUUAUUUCAGCUCUUCAGUCUCUUGCCAAUAUGUGACUUUCAGUUUGUGUUGCAUUUAUUUUUGUGUGAUUCAUUUGUUUGUCAUAAACUUAUUUCUUAAAAAGCUCUUUUAUAUAAGACUGUGUCAUGUUGAAAAAUGUUUUUUUUUGUGAAGUCCUGAAUGGACUAUCUUAUUUAAUUGCAUUUUGUAGCAAAGUGUAUAGUAAAUGCAGGCAGAUGAAAUCAUAAGGUUUGGACACUAUUUAUCAUAGUACCUAGGAGCCUUAGUCAUAAAGCCGGAACCCAUUGUGCAGGGCACUGUACAAAUGCAAUGCACUGCUACUCUGAAAAGUGACUGCAAAAAUGGCACCUUGCUCAUUCUAUCUGCUCCUGAUGUGUCUUAAGUUAUAGCUGCUUGCUUUACUGACUAAAAUAACUUUUACUGCAUUUUUCACCUGAUAGCUCUGCACAAUGAUCACAAUUACAGAAGACAGAGAGAGAUGGAUUCUUGUCUUCUAAUCCUUUUGUCUGCAGAGCAGAUUCACCAGAGAUAGUAAUAGCUUGUCAGCUUGAGCGCUUCAAUGUAGACACUUAUUAACGUGACCGAAGGGGUUCUCCAGCCACUGUAGUAAAACUGAAAGGCCGUAAUGAUGUUGAUGGAAGAAUUCUUCUGUUGAUCUAGCACUGUCUACAAAGGGGCUUAGAUUAGUGCCAAUGUUCUUCAUGGUACAUUGGCCACUAGUAGGGGAGAGAAUCUAAUUUUAGUCUAUAUUUCCCACUCAGUCUUUGGCAUGUCUGCUGAGACUACCCCAAAAGAGUGCCAAUUGUUUGCAGUGUAGAUGCUUAUUUUUCUCUCAUUGAGAUAUUAACUCCUCAUAGAUAACUGAACACCUGCUAGAUAAUGAAAACUUCCAUCAAUUACCAAUCAGAGCAGGUUUAGAACUGCCAACCCAAAGGUGAAAGGUUGCAUCUCACUGUACUGAUCCUCUGAGCCAUUCGUUUCUUCAACUGAAGCUAUAUUUUUAAAUGGGCAGACUGUGCAUCUUUAUCUUGCUCUAAAGUAAUACUGUGUGGUAAGUAGUAGUAAGGCUAUGUCUACACUUAAAAUGCUUCAGCGGCACAGUUGAGCGCUUCAAUGUAGACACUUACUAAGGUGACAGGAGGGAUUCUCCAGCCACUGUAGUAAAACUGAAAGGCGGUAGUGAUGUCGAUGGAAGAAUUCUUCCGUUGAUCUAGCACUGUCUACACAGGGACUUAGAUCAGCUUAAAUACGUUGCUCAGGGGUGUUGAUCUAAUUAGGCCGAUCAAAUUUUCUAGAGUAGACUAGCCACAAUGUCUACCUCUGGACUUCUCCAUGUUUAAGAGAUCUUCUGACAGUGUUGCGGAAGAGAGGAGACUAUUGGAAUAUUUUGUAGUGUGAAGGGAAAAUGAUCACUCAAAUUAAACUAUGCUUGUGGGCACAGUUACAAAGUCCUGCAAAUGUAGAUUGCAACCUUAUUGAUUUAACCUCUUUGUCUGCAUGCAGAUUAGCUGAUGAAUUGCACAUGCCUUCCCUCCCAGAAAUGAUGUUUGGAGACAACAUCCUAAGAAUUCAGCAUGAUUAUGGCUUUGGAAUUGAGUUCAAUGCAACAGAUGCUUUAAAAUGUGUAAAUAACUAUCAAGGUAUGAUUAAAGUGGCCUGUGCAGAGGAAUGGCAAGAGAGCAGGACUGAGGCUGAACACACGAAAGAAGUCGUUAAACCAUAUGAUUGGACCUAUACAACAGACUACAAAGGAACACUAUUAGGAGAUACUGUAAAGUUAAAAGUUGUUCCUACAACUGAUCACAUCAAUACAGAGAAAUUGAAAGCCCGGGAACAGAUUAUGUUUUUUGAAGAAGUUCUGCUGUUUGAAGAUGAGCUUCAUGAUCAUGGUGUUUCAAGUCUGAGUGUAAAAAUAAGAGUAAUGCCUUCCAGCUUCUUUGUGUUGUUGAGGUUUUUCUUGCGAGUUGAUGGUGUACUUAUCAGGAUGAAUGAUACAAGACUUUACCAUGAGGCUGACAAGCCCUACAUGAUACGGGAAUACACAUCUAAAGAAAGCAAAAUUUCAAGCUUAACGCAUGUUCCACCCUCCCUGUUCACGGAGCCUAAUGAGAUCUCUCAGUAUUUACCUGUAAAGGAGACUGUUUGUGAGAAGCUAGAAUUCCCAGAGAAGUUGGAUCCUGAGCCUACAGCCUCAUCAGAAAGCACAUGCAUGGACUCUAAAUAAAUGUGACUUUAUGUGGACUUGAAAUGGGCCCUCUUCUGGAGAUCAUAUGAUCACUUGACCAUUACCACUGGGGUAGUUUCGCUAUUUAUGGGCUAAAGAUCAUUUGUUUGGCUAAUUUUUCUGUAGCCUUAAGGGGGCAAAAAGCUCAUUUCAGACAGGUUUCACUAAUGUAUAUAUUGUCCUUUUUUUUUUUUUUUUUUUUUUUUUUUUUUUUUUUUAAAUAUUAUUUCAAACCUGUGUUUGGAAUGAAUGAUAGACUGGUAACAAACAGGAGAAUUGUCUUGGAGAAUAAACCCCUCCCAUGAAUAGCUGUUUUUGUUCUGUUUUGAGCAUUUGGCAGCUAUAUUGCCUAAACCCUCAACCACUAGCACCCUGGAUCAAGAAUUUUGGCUCUUGGUACCGAGAAGCUAGUGUAAUUCACAAAACUGAGCAGCUUUUAUUAACACUGUAGAAUUCUUCUACAAUAAAAGGUUUUGUUCCCUAUGAUGUAUAUGAUGAUUGACCUUCUGUUGUACAUUAGAAAUUUUGCUUGGCUCCCCUUGGUGUAAGAUAAUAUACAAGUUAGGUAAUUUCUCUUAAUUUUAAUCCCAGACAUUUUAUUGGAGGAUAUUUAUUCUUCCCUCAUUAAUAGCUUUAAAAAGUUAGCAAUGUGCAAAGCAUUACAAUUUCAGACACAUUAUAAAGAUAUCACCUUGUUCGGGAGCAGGGAAAUGGCUUGAAGUUAACAGAGGCCCACACAAUGGUAAAUUUGUUAUCAAGUACCAAUUCACCUGAUAUCUAGUGGGGCUGGACUGUCUGACAACACUAAUCUGACGCUUACUAGGAUUAGGUGUGCUGCUAAUGUAGUAUCUAGUCAUUAAAAUGCAUUGUACUGCAUUGACUUCCUGGCCAGCACCCCAUUUAGUUGGUUGUGGCCUGACAAUCAAACUGCUAAAUCCCACGUAUUUCAAUUCCUAAAGGGUUGAGGUAUUGGUUUUUUGAGACUGAAGUUUCCCUAGCUUUAAAGGGACACUAUCAAAUAUACUAGGUCUGAAAUUUAGGUUUUAUUUCUUAAAUCCUACAAAUCCUAAUAGAUUAAAAGUGUAUUUGUGUGUGUAUUCAUGAUUCUGUUCCAACACAAUUUACACUUUUGUGGAUUUAAACAUUUACCCUAUGUAGUCGUAAAACCUAAACACAUCAAUGUGAUUAUAGCAUGAGAACCAAGAACCUAAACUGACCAAUCUGGUUUCAUGCCCAUAUUGAAUGAAGUGCAAGAAUUAAAUGCAGGUGAUGACAAAAAGUAAAUCUUAAGUGUUAAACUGACUUAAUAUUCCACGAUGGUGGCAAUAAUUCAGAUGAGGGAAGAAAACUUUUAAUCUUAUUAAGAAAUGUAUAUAUUCUAAUUCUUCUCCACAUCAAAAUAUGCAAUUUAGAGUUGACGGAUAGUGAUAAGAUGUUUUACAAAAAAUUAAGAAAACCAUUGAGACUUAAAAGAAUGAAAGCUGUUUUGGUUUAAGAUGACACUGAAUUUUAGAGAAAGCUCCUGCCAUGAUAGUGAUGGCAGGUGUCUUUCUGAAGAUUGGCUUCACAAGUGCAGUGAGGCAGUAUGGUCUAAUGGAGUGGGCAUUGGGCUGAAAGGCAGGAACUCCUAAGCAGUGGUCCUGGCUCUGCCACAGAUUCACUGUAUAACUAUGCGUAAGUCACGUAACCUUUCUGUGCCUCUGUUUCCCAUCUAUAAAAUGGGGGUAAUACAUUCCUACCUCACUGGAUUUGUGAGGAUUAAUUUGUAAAGUAUUAUAUCAGUGCAAAGUAUUCCUGAAUACACCUGCAGCCUUACAUUUGGAAAAGACUAGCAUGCAACACAAACAUAUUAAAUGGUUUACUAUCAGUUUGAUUCAACUAGAGAAGAGGACUGAGUUUAAAAUAUAACUAACUACUCAAAGAGCUAGCUAAUUUCCAGGUAGAUGUUACCCAGGGACAUCUAGAGUGUGGGAUGACUGAAUAUGUGGCCACUGAGAGGCAGGUAAACCCUCAUAUGCAAAAAUCCCAAUUCUUUCUCCAGCACCAGGCCCCAGCUACCUCCAAGCUUCUUCUCCCUACACUUGGUUCCUAGUCAAGCCCCCUAUAUCUAGAUAAACAGAGUGAAUCUGGCAGGGAAGGAAUUUGACAUGGAAGCAGGCACAGUAAAUUAAUUUGGGGAAACACAUUUAGGUCUCAUUCAGUGAGGGGGAAAAGAAGGCAAAGGACGGGAACAACAGCGAGCAAAGAGGGAAGGCCAUUGUGCGGGUAAGUAAAUCUUACUGCAGCCUUUAUUUAAGGCAUACACCAUUUUAGAUGCCUCUUAAGAGGCUUAAAAAAAUCAGACAUUUUGGAGUCGUGGUUGGUAGUGAUGGAGAGGAGAGUUGGGAUGCUGAUAACAUAAGGAAACAUACCUGUGUGCUGGUUAAAAAUACUAUGGUUCAGGUUUGGUCAGUGAUAAUGUUCAGCUCCAUCACACUGAGGCAGGAUGGAGGAGAACAACCCACAUAUUCCAUACCUAGUAUUGAGAAGGGGUGUAUUGCAUGUUUAGCAUAUAUUGUGUGUUAUAGCCCUUCCAUUACUGCUUCUAGUGUUUUUGUGAUCUGUUUAAAACGGAGCUGUGGAGUUCGCACUUAUCUCUGAAUAUGUACACAUCUGAUAUCCAUCUUUUUUGACUACCAUGCAUUUUAAUGGAACGUGCACCUUGGAGAAAUCACAGGAUCCUAUUAGAAAGUUAUACUUCCCUGCAAAAUAAAAUGCAGUAUGGGGUGUUUUUUCUUGUCACUCUAAAUGUUAUGUUGUGUAAAUACACAAAAGGCUGUGAAAUCGGUGUAUUGGAUGCUGCUCAGAUACAAGCUUCCCAGAGGAAAGAAGCCAGUGCCAGUCUUAUGUGAUGUGCACAGGUUGUAUGCCUCAUGGGAUGGGGGAAGUGCUUCUCUGGCAGUUUUGUGGUCAGUUUAAUAUGUGAUGGUCUAUAUUUGUAGUUGUCUAUCACUAAAUAAAAUGUAUGCAACAUUUUAUA